AUAUUUUACACCAUUUUGUUGUGGCAAGCAUUCUAUUCUGUAUUCUAGAAUCCUCAUCACAACAAUGACUCUAUAAGGCAGAUAGAAAACCCUAAACCCUUUCCACUCACUCUCUCUCUCACCAACGAUGGCGACUCAGAUCCUCUCUCGCAUCUUCCCCAAAACCCUAACCCUAGCCCCCUUCCUCUUCCGCUCCCUCACCACCGCCCCCUCUCGUCCUUCCCUCCCCGCGCUCUCCUUCCUCCGCCGUAUCUCCGUUGCAGCCAACCCCUCCCUCCGCCGCGUCCUCCUCCCAAACGCCCCCUCCCUCCGCGCCCUCUCCACACGCGCCACCACCUCCUCCCUCAACGACCCCAACCCUAACUGGUCCAACCGUCCCCCGAAAGAAACCAUCUUGCUCGACGGCUGCGACUUCGAACACUGGCUCGUCGUCAUGGAGAAGCCCGAGGGCGACCCUACCCGCGAUGACAUCAUCGAUAGCUACAUUAAAACCUUGGCCAAGGUCAUCGGAAGUGAAGAGGAGGCGAGGAUGAAGAUAUAUUCGGUUUCGACUAGGCACUACUUUGCGUUUGGGGCUCUUGUGUCUGAAGAGCUUUCUAUCAAGCUUAAAGAAUUGCCUGGAGUUCGGUGGGUGCUUCCUGAUUCUUACUUGAAUGUUAAGGAAAAGGAUUAUGGAGGUGAGCCCUUUAUUAACGGGCAAGCAGUUCCCUAUGAUCCCAAGUAUCACGAAGAGUGGGUUAGAAACAAUGCACGUGCCAAUGAGAGAAACAGGCGCAAUGACAGGCCUCGUAAUGCUGACAGGUCAAGAAACUUUGAGAGGAGGAGGGAAAAUGUGGUGAACAGAGAUAUGCAGGGCAGGCCUCCUAUGCCAAAUCCUGGCCCUAAUAUGGGUGGUCCUCCUCCAAGCAAUGCAGGCGGGUACCCUCCAAACAAUGCAGGCACCCACCCUCCAAACAAUGCAGGCGGGUACCCUCCUAACAAUGCAGGCGGGUACCCUCCUAACAAUGCAGGAUAUGCUCCUCCCAAUGCUGGAGGUGGUUACCCUCCUAACACGGGUGGUGGCUAUGGUCCCGGUGGUGGUGUACCUCAAAAUAACUAUGCAGGGAACAUGGGAGGGCCACCACCAAACCAGAACAUGGGAGGCUUUCAACCAAAUGCAGAAUGGUCAAACAAUGCUCCCAGUAGAGAUGUGCCAAGCAGGGAUAUGGGAGGACCACCUGGUGGGAACCCAUAUUCUGCGUGAGAUCACUGCCAUAUUUUUCUAGCCAAUGUAGAUAACGAGGAAUUGUGCCCAAGACAACAUAGAGUUUAUGCCAUGUUUCUCAAGGAAUUAGAAUUUAUUAGUCUUACAUGUUACAACUAUUUCUAAUGAACCUGCAUGUUGUGUAUCCGAAGUCCACAAUAUUUAAGGCUAGAUACGAUCGUUUUGUAUUGUUUGUGAGGUUGACGGUCUAUAAUUUGUCAUUUGAUUGAGGUUGCCUUGCAGACUUAUUAUUA